AAUAAUUAACUAGUUUUUGACAACACUGCAAAAUCAAUGUAGAGUGAAACUAGGGCACUCUUCCUCUUCACUUGACGACGAAGACGACCAACCAGGCAAUCACUUGAAGGCUGCCGUUGCGAGAUUUGUGCCUUGAUCUUCUCUUCUUCUUUCCUCUCUUCUUCUUUCAUUUUCCAAUCACGAAUUAGAUUCCACAAUCUCAACCUUCCAUUUGUUUUUCUAGUUCAAUCAUGCAGCCACGCCGUACCUGAGUUUGAGCACACCUAAAUGAAGUUUUAUGCCUCAAGAUUUUGAUCGUGCAUCAAGAGUGAUCAAACGCUUCUGUCACAAUAGCAAGAUCUUUGGUUUACCCUCUGUUGUAAGUGGCAGCGGCCAUCAUUUUAGACUUUCUAGUGCUAUGAAAGAGAUUAAAGUCAAAGGUGGUUCUAAUGCAGAUCCUCAUCCGUUGGAGAAUGAAGCACAUGCACAACAAUUGUCUUGUGCAAAUCAGGGAUGUUCAGCAUCAAAUGUGCAAUGCACCCCGGAAAUUGAAAAGAAGUAUGUGCAUCGCGUUUAUGAUGCCAUUGCACCCCAUUUUAGUUCCACUCGAUUUGCAAAGUGGCCAAAAGUUGCAUCAUUCUUAUCCUCCUUACCUCUAGGGUCUCUCGUCCUCGAUGCUGGCUGUGGUAAUGGAAAGUACUUGGGUUAUAAUCCCAACUGCUUUUUUAUUGGAUGUGAUAUUAGUGCCCAACUUAUUAAAAUUUGUAAUGAAAGGGGGCAUGAAGUUUUGGUGGCUGACGCUGUAAAUCUUCCUUACAGAACUGGUUUUGGUGAUGCAGCAAUCUCUAUAGCUGUAUUACAUCAUCUAAGUACUGAGAACAGGAGGAAGAAAGCAAUUGAAGAAUUAAUACGUGUUGUAAAAAAAGGUGGCCUGGUUUUAAUAACGGUCUGGGCUGUUGAACAAGAGGACAAAUCUUUAUUGACAAAAUGGAUGCCCCUUUCAGAGAAGUAUGUUGAAGAGUGGGUUGGACCUGGUAGCCCGCGCGUACGCAGUCCAACGUCGUUGGCACUUGAAAGCAUUCCUGAAAUGAAUGAAAAUAAUUCAGGUAUUUGUCUAAGGGGGGAUUCCAAGGAAAACUUUACUGGAAGCAUACCAGAAGAAAAACUUCUACCCUCUCAAUGUGAAAAUGAUUUGGCGAAUUGCAACCAUGAAAACUUGUUGAAGACCCAGCAAGAGUAUUUUGUCCCAUGGCACUUACCUUAUCAUCGUGCAGAAGUCAGUGGCACGUCUGCCAGUGCCCUUGCUAGUGGUUUGGCCAAAAAGGAUGAUAAGAAAGCAGCUGUUGUGUAUAACAGAUACUAUCAUGUUUUCAGUGAAGGCGAACUUGAAAGGUUGGUUUCUGGUAUGGACAAUGCAGUAGUAGUUGAUCGUUUUUAUGACAAAUCAAACUGGUGUAUAGUUCUUGAGAAGACGGUGUGAGUAUUUAAACGAGUUCAUUGCUUUUACGAAGAUAUGAUUCAAGCAUGUCUGCCUGCUGUGCGAACUAAAGUCGGGCUUUCAAGAUAAAUCCCCUUGCUGAAGGGGGUCCCUGAUAUUUAUCACUGUUGCGAUCUCGGUUUCGUUCUUGUCGUCCAGUCAUGGUUUGGGGAUGGAGAUCUGCAGGCUCUCUUGCAGGAAAUGCACGCACUGUAAGGAUUUACAAUUGUAUUAUGAUUAAUAAUGUGCUGGAUUGCCCUUUGGUUCAGUUCUAAAUUGUUUGAAUUGAAAAGGUUCGGCUUCUUUCUAAUAAAAACUUGUUUUUACCGACUCA